AUGAGAGUAAAAAGUAAUAAAGUAUAUUUAUACAACAGUUCUUUGGAAUAUGUUCAAACUGCAAAGUCUUGGUCAGAAGCUGCAAAAAUUUCUGGAGCAGUUUCUUAUAGGAUCGUUUAUAAAUAUUUAGAUUCUGGAGAAUUAUUUGAAAAUAAUUGGUAUUUUUUUUCUAAGGAAUUUUCUGCUGAACGAAUAACGGAACUUAAAGCUAAUACAGACGCAGAAAAUAUUCCAAAAUUAUUGUCAAAUGAAAGUUAUCAGGGUCAAGAUACAACAAUUUAUAUAUAUUCACGCAACAAAAAUCUUUCAUAUCAAUUAAUUAAAUUUACCGAUAAUAUCCUUGAAGCAGCAAUUUUUUUGAAUACUUCAUGUAAAAUUGUUGAAAGAUAUUUGGAUUCUAACAAGCGUUUUAAGGAGAAUAAUUAUUUAAUUCGUUCCAAACCAAUAAAAGAUGAAGCUGAAUCCGAUCCCAACCCUGAUCCUGAAUCUAAAUCUACAAGUAAUUCGCCAUUAUCAGAAUUGCCAGAAACAGACUUUAUGAAUUCAAUAAGUCGAUUUGCUUCAAAUCAUUACACAAAUGUAUAUCCAAUUCCAGAAAUAUUUGGUCAAAUGGAUGAAACUGCUCUGUUGACAAUAAGUAUUUUAUUACAAGAAUAUAUCAAUCAACAAACAUAAUAAUUAAAAUUCAUGAAGUGAUCUCUUUCAACAGCUUUCUCAAUUUCUUCUAAACUAUGCUUCUUGCAAUAUCACUUGCUUGUCCUACUGCUCCUCCUAUCGGUUGAUGUAUCAUGAUGCUUGAGUUUGGAAAUUUGUAUUAGUUUCAAUAAUAAUAAUUAAAAAUACCCGCAGCAAGUAAUAAUGAUCCCAUUGAGCAAGCUUGACCAUUACAAAGUGUUGAUACUGGCGAUUGAAUGUACUG